ACCAACGACACCCUAAGACUUCUUAUAGUUUGCAAAGCUGCAGAAACUGCGAGCGGAGGAAAACUUGAGCCCUUCCUUUCUCCCAUCUCUCAUUUGGUAGCGCCGCACAAGAAAGGUCCGACCACGACGCGAAGGACAGCGAGCCGGCAAAAACAUGCAGCCUCACUUACUUGCGUUCAUCUUUUUGUGCGUACUUUGCGCAACAAGUUCACUGGCAGUCACCGUCACCUCCGCGCCCUCCUCCGCCCUGCACGCGGCCAAUUCGAGCAGCGCGGACGCCGGGACGGACGGCGGCUCUUCUUCGAAAAGCAGGAGGAAGCGCUACAUUAGUCAGACCGACAUGGUGGCUAUUCUUGAUUACCACAACAAAGUGAGGGGCAAGGUGUUUCCUCCGGCGUCCAACAUGGAAUACAUGGUGUGGGAUGAUACACUGGCCAAGUCAGCUGAGAGCUGGGCCCACGCCUGCAUGUGGGAGCACGGCCCGUCUCACCUCCUCAGGUUUCUGGGUCAGAACCUCUCCGUCAGGACAGGACGGUAUCGUUCAAUCCUUCAGCUUGUGAAGCCGUGGUACGACGAGGUCAAAGAUUACUCCUUUCCUUACCCCCGUGACUGCAACCCCCGAUGCCCCCUCAGAUGCUACGGCCCCAUGUGCACCCAUUAUACACAGAUGGUGUGGGCCACCUCCAACAAAGUGGGCUGUGCCGUUCACACCUGCCACAAUAUGAACGUUUGGGGAUCCGUGUGGAAACGGGCCACAUAUUUAGUCUGCAACUACUCGCCGAAGGGCAACUGGAUCGGAGAGGCUCCCUACAAAGUCGGGGUCCCCUGCUCCGCCUGCCCCCCCAGCUACGGCGGCUCGUGCAGCAACAACAUGUGCUUCCCUGCUCUGAAGACCAACUACUUGCACUGGUUCAAAUAAACCAGGCCCUGGCCAGCCCCACUACCACAGAGACACUAUUGGCAUCGAAAGGCAUAACGAUUUGCACAACCGGCAUGGGCCAGUCUAUUUUGUAUAUACGGCUUAUUUAAAGACACGAAGACACAUUUGAAGGCAGCAGAUCAUUUUGACGGUGUGUACGUGAACUGUAAAUUAAUGUAACUAUUCGAGACUUUUUUUUUUAUACUUGCCUGGACUCUAUUUGAUUUUUUUUAAAUUUAUUUAUAUGGAGAAUGGGUCCUUAAAACACACACACACAUACAUGCGGUGCUACGUACAUUUUACCAUUGACAAUGUAGCCAUCAAGGCCCUGACAUCACGAUAGCUGCUCAUGUCUGCUCACUAUGGUGCUACUAGGGCAUCACACCUCCAUGUUGUGUGCUCUUGCUUUUGUCGGAAUGUUGGGAUAUAACUUCAAACGGACGCCGGCAUAGCAACAACACACGCUUCAUUCUCGGAUGUCUAUUUUUAGCCUGUGAUGAAUCGGCAAAAGUGCACUUAGAAAGUUCAACUGUACAGUACAUUUUCUUUUUGUAUUGUUUAACGGAAUAAUACCACGAUCAAACCAAAAGCCAACACAAGUGUUGGCGAUGCUGGUGCUGUGGUUGACACCUCAUAUAGUUCUCGCAGUGCAUGACUUCCAUCUACAGUUUAACGCUGCUGUCAUCAGCCUGUUUCACCCUUUCGUUAAUUUUUUUUUUUUUUAAGCACAACAUGUCGGAGAUAUCUUUGUGAUGCAGUUUUGGAGCAAAACACUCAAGUGCACCUUAAUUGUUUGUAAAUAUCCAAAAUACUUAACAUUUACUUUGUGUUUUUUUUUAUGUAAAUGUACAUAAUCGUUUUACCUUGAUUAUCCUUCAGACUACAAUUAUUGUAUAAGUUAUUCAUUUUUGUAUUGGGAAAUAUUUAAAUAGUAUUCCUUUUUUUCUUGUAUUGUUUUAUGAAAGGAUUGUACAGCGAAACAAGUCACAGCAUGCAGUUAAGUAAAGAAAACAACACAUUUGCUGCAUCAGUGAUCAACUCAAAAACAGAGGGCAUUGCUGCGACUUCAACAAAACAGGAAAUGUUCCGCACUGACUACAAGCUGUUUAUGCAAUGAACUGCUCUCUUGCUUUGAAAUUGUGAAUAAAAUGGUUUAAAAAUUGUC